CAGAAAAUAGCCCUGCCCCGCUCCCUUAUCUCAGUUAAGAGCAGCACCCAGCCUAGCUCAAGAGGGCAACAGGACAGGUUCCAGAGGUCCCAAGAAGGUCUCCACUGCUGAAGUUGCAGCACCAAGGGCUUCCAGCCUUGGCCAGUCAUCUGCCACUAAGGUCACAGACUACAUGCCCAUGUCUUGCCUCUGCUUGCCUGGGGACAGACUCUGUAUAGCCACCAGGCUACCACCCUGGAGGUGAAAGCCAUGCUCUGACCUUGGUGUUCCCUACGAUGCCUCUGACUAGUUUCUCUUCCCACCUGGCCGCGAUGUUUGCCAAUUCUUCAGCCAACACCUCCUUUACCAACAGCUCUGUGCCCCAGUGUCGUGACUAUCAAGGUAUACAUCGUUUGCAUAUGGUGGUCUACAGCCUGGUGUUGGCGACCGGUCUCCCUCUCAACGCUCUGGCUCUCUGGAUCUUCCUGCGUGUACUGCGUGUACAUUCAGUGGUGAGCGUGUACAUGUGCAACCUGGCAGCCAGCGACUUACUCUUCACCCUGUCACUUCCCCUGCGCCUCUCCUACUAUGCACGGCACCACUGGCCCUUCCCAGACUUCCUGUGCCAGACGUCGGGCGCCAUCUUCCAGAUGAACAUGUACGGCAGCUGUAUCUUUCUGAUGCUCAUCAACGUGGACCGCUAUGCGGCCAUCGUGCACCCGCUGAGACUGCGCCACCUGCGGCGGCCCCUCGUGGCACGGCGGCUCUGCCUGGGCGUGUGGGCUCUCAUCCUGCUGUUCGCCGUGCCCGCCGCCCGCGUGCACAGCCCGUCCAUCUGCAAGUACAAGAACAUCACCGUGAGCCUGUGCUUCGAGAGCUUCAGCGAUGAACUGUGGAAGGGCGGGCUGCUGCCACUCCUGCUGCUGGCCGAGAUACUGGGCUUUCUGCUGCCCCUGGCGGCUGUCGUCUAUUCGUCGGGCAGGGUCUUCUGGACACUGGCAAAGCCCGACGCCACUCAGAGCCAUCGGCGACAGAAGACCGUGCGCCUCCUGCUGGCCAACCUCAUCAUCUUCCUGCUGUGCUUCGUGCCCUACAACUCCACGCUGGCAAUUUAUGGGUUGCUAAAGGCCAACCUGGUGGAGAACAGCCUUCAGUACCGCGAUCAGGUGCGCGGGGUGCUGAUGAUAAUGGUGCUGCUGGCCGGCGCCAACUGCGUGCUGGAUCCACUGGUUUACUACUUCAGUGCCGAGGGUUUCCGUAACACUCUUCGCAACCUGGGUACCCCGCUCCAUACCAGGCCCUUGGCUACCAAUGGGGCUAGAGGGGUGCUCACCGAACCACCCUCAGAAAGCACCCAGAACACUGGACAGGAUGCCACCAGUCAGGGUCUACUCCAGCCUGCCAGUCUGGGUACACCCAUGGACAACAGCCCUCAGGAUUCAGCCCUCUGAAAGGACGCGGUCAUAGUGUACGUAGUCUUGUGCAUCUCUCAAAGGCUUAGGGUGUACAUUUGAGGGAGGUGGGCUGGGUACUUGGACUUUGAAGCAAUUCCAUCUCUAGCGUGCAGAAGAGAACAAGUGUGUAAGCAAGGGCAUAGAAAAGGAAGAGCGCUGCUGCUGACUGGUUUAGCCUCUGUUUAUUACACAGAGGACCCCUGGCUCCAGAAUGUAGGAAGCUCAGCAGUGAGCAUGCGCAUGGCUAAGAGUUGAUACAUGGACCAGAAGAUGGAUCUCCAGGAUUUAGGUCAUCAGUCUGAGAGCUAACGAUCCCCUGAGCUUGGUGAAUCAACUACACAGACGUUCAUCUGUCAUCUUCAAAAAUACAACUCAGGGCUGGUGGUGGAACCGAGAUCCCACAGCCCGCACAUGCUGGGCCAGCACAUUGCCACUGAACUGUAUGCCAGCCCUACCUGCCGACUUCUGCGCUUACCCAAGGGCGACAGCCACUGUGCCACCAGCCCUGGCUUCCCUGCUCAGGUGACAGGUGUAACACAAGGUUUAUUUGCCAUGGACCAAAUAGUUGUGACCCAUUUCGUGACUUGUGACUUGUAACAACUGAGACACCUGGCACGCAGUGGUUGGGGCGGGGCCGAGCUAUGUGUGGAGUCCCUCACUCGCUAGUUCUUGGUUCUUUUUCUAGGUCAUCCUUUUCCCUUCUCCAGCUCUCAGGGCCUCUUCCAUCCUGGGUCUUCAAUAUUCAGUCUCUCUUUCCUCUCUCUCUUUCCCUCCCUUCUCCUCUCUUCCCCACCCCAACCCCUACUCCUUACUUAGUCUGAACUCCAUAUGUAGCAGAGUCUGGCCUUGAACUCUUUUUUUGUUUUGUUCUGUUGUUUUCAAGACAAGAGUCUCAUUAUGUAGUUCUUGUCCUGGAACU